CUACGAACAUGAGUUUGACCAAACUGCGGGAGGCAGUGCAAGACAGGAGUGCCUGGCGUGCUAUGGUCCAUGGGGUCACGAAGAGUCGGACACGACUAAACGACUAAACAAAAAAACUGAGACCCACUUCACCCCCACCCCAUAUGCUCGCAGUCAUUUCAGCUUUGUGUGGGAUUAUAUCUUACUGUCUUGUAAGAAAUUUCUACAGUAUUCUAGUUCCAUCUUCCUCCAUAUGAGCUGCUCCUUCUCCUUCUCCUUCUCCUUCUCCUUCUCCUUCUCCUUCUCCUUCUCCUUCUCCUUCUCCUUCUCCUUCUUCUUCUUCUUCUUCUUCUUCUUCUUCUUCUUCUUCUUCUUCUUCUUCUUCUUCUUCUUCUUCUUCUUCUUCUUCUUCUUCUUCUCACUCGUAGCCGAGUACGAUUGUCUUCCAUAAACGCGGUUUUAACAAUGGGUCCGUAAUGGAUCCACACGUCCUUCCACAGUGGGGACAUUGGUUUCACGGACUCCAGGAAACCCGAGAACGCGUGUCACUGCUUCCUGAGCACUUCUGACUUUCUCUUUGGUUUCUCCUUUGCCGACACGAGCUGCUUCUCGGAGGGAGGAGGGGAAACCCGAGAACAUGUGUUACUCCUUCCUGAGCACCUCUGACUUUCUGUUUCGUUUCUCCUUUGCCAAAGCGAGCAGCUUCUCAGAAGGAGGAGGCUGGUUUGCAGACGCUCCAGGGUAAAACAGAGCUCUGGACACAGGAAAAAAAAUACCCCAAAGCUGAUUAAGGAUGGCCCAAUCUCGAUUGACCAAAACCGAGAGAAAGGCGCUGCUGGAUAUUUUGGGAUGCCAACAUCUAAGCCUUCUCUAUAAAGCAAGUUUGCAUACCUACGAUGUCAAUUUGUAAUGAAAUGCAACAAUCAGGGCCCAACUGUAGUUGUGGGAUACAAUGCAAGUGGCUAUAUCUUUGGAGGCUUUACUGAGCAGAGUUAUGCUUCAGCUGGGAAAUACCUACUUGAUAACAAUGCUUUCCUCUUUAGAUUGAAAGGGAAGGGGCAGGAGCCCAGCACACUAAAAUUCCCAGUCAAGAAUGCUGCUGAGGCUUUCCUUGACAAUGGUGCAUAUGGUCCUGUUUUUGGAGCUAACACACUUGUAUUCCUGUCACAAAGCAAGAACAGUGUUACCACAAAUACUAACACUAACAGUUACACAUUCAAUGCAGAAGACCUACAUGGAAAUGACCUAGUCCUUUUGGAAUGUGAAGUAUAUCGAGCUGAAGGGCUGAGUAGCAUUUUGGAAAAACCAUGGCGGGAGAUGACAUGGACCGCUGAGAAAAGAGAAGCGCUGAUUAAAGAAAUAAGAACUUACAAGCCUUUCUCGGAUGCUGUGCCCCAGUGUCGGGUUCUGCUCAUUGGGCCAGUUGGAGCGGGGAAGUCCAGCUUCUUCAACUCUGUGAACUCAACUUUCCGAGGCUACGUGUCAAGUCAAGCUGCAGCAGGAUCAGAUUCCACAAGUCUGACAAAGCAGUAUAGGACUUAUCAACUUAAAAGCGGAAGCGGUAGAACUCCACUCCCAAUCAUUUUCUGUGAUACUAUGGGACUUGAAGCUCAACACAGCGCUGGUCUGGACAUUGAGGAUGUGCGCAGCAUAUUGGAGGGCCAUAUUCCUGAUCGGUACUCGUUCAAUCCAUCCUGUGUUAUGAGCCCCAAUAUGCCAAACUAUAUCAAGUACCCUUCUCCAAAAGACCGGAUUCAUUGUGUUGCAUUCAUUAUUGAUGGGUCCAAGGUUGAGAUCCUCCCUGAGAAGCUGGAAGAAAAACUGAAAGACAUCCGUCGAAAAGCAAACGGUUUUGGUGUUCCACAGCUUGUUAUUCUAACUAAAGUGGAUCAGAUUUGCCCUAUUGUUGAGGACGAUACGUCAUACGUAUACAAAAGCAUGGCUGUUCAGAAGCAGAUGCGGCUAAUGGAAGCAAAACUUGGCAUCCCCCUGUCUCAUAUAGUUCCUGUUAAAAAUUAUUCCUCAGAACUGGAACUGAGGAAUGAUGUUGAUAUCCUGAUACUUGUGGCAGUGAGGCAGAUGCUUCGUUUAGCUGAAGCCUACCUCGACGACUGUGAUGAUGAACGUUUGGUCACUCGUUCCACGAAGGAUUGUUACGCUGAGCCUUGAUAUAUUUACUGAAGUGAUAUGCCAGAUCAAUAAAUAACUAGGGAUAAGAUUCA